CCAAAAACUUUUAAACCAACAUUUGUUUUGCUUUAAAUAAUCAGAGAGAACAGACGGCAGCUGGGGCGACUGUUUUAAUCUGUGUGAGAUAUUAAGAUGAGCGCAGACACGGUGGAGCAGUCGGAGGCUCCAGCCCAACAGGCAGAGCAAAACGGAAUCGGCUUCAAUCGACACAUAAAAACAGAGCAGAUCAUCGACUCGCCUCACUCAGUCGCCGCACUCAAGACAUGCCACCUGCCGCAGAGCUCUGCUGGAGGUCAGCUGCCUGGGGAGCUCACGUCUCUCCACAGCAUGCAGCAGCUGGUCCUGAUGCCUCCGUCUCACCUGACCUCCCCCUCCCCCUUCCUGCUCUCCCAGAGCCCCACCAGCCACCAAGGGGGAUUCCCUAUUGACGGACAACAGUAUAUCCAUUCGCCCAACACGUCUGCAUAUGUCCAAACACUUCUGCAGCAGAACCUGCUGAGUCAAACAAAUCUCCUCCAGCAUCAGCCUGGACUGGCUCUGACUCCACAGGCAAUGAGCCGCUCUGGUCUGGCUGGGCCGUCCAUGGAGAACCACAUGGACAUGUCCCACCUGCAGAUGCCCAAACACAUGUCCGUGCCCCCCCAGGAAGAACCCUCCGACCUGGAAGAGCUGGAGCUGUUUGCUAAGGCAUUCAAACAAAGACGCAUCAAACUGGGAUUCACACAGGGAGAUGUGGGCCUUGCAAUGGGAAAACUGUACGGGAAUGAUUUCAGUCAGACCACAAUCUCUCGCUUCGAGGCUCUCAACCUCAGCUUCAAAAACAUGUGCAAGCUCAAACCUCUGCUGGAGAAAUGGCUGAGUGAUGCAGAGAACUCCCCUUCUGACUCGAUGAGUAGCACUUCUCUGCCGCCCCUGAUCGAGGGGUACGGACGCAAACGGAAAAAAAGGACAAGCAUUGAAACAAACAUCAAGAUGACUCUGGAGAAACGUUUCCGUGAAAACCCUAAGCCAAACUCAGAGGAGAUAACUCUGAUCUCGGAGCAGCUGUCCAUGGAGAAGGAGGUGGUUCGAGUUUGGUUUUGUAAUCGGCGUCAGAAGGAGAAGAGGAUCUAUUGCCCUGUGACGAGUUUAUCCGUCAAGAAUCACAGCUACAACUCCAGAAUGGCCGCAGUAUCCAGACCAUACAGUCCUCUGGCUUCAGGCGGAGUUUCAUCAUUCCCUCCAAAGCCAGUGGGAGCCGUGAAGGCUUUCGCCCAACGUGACCGUCCGCCUCCUCCUCAGCCUCCCGUCUCCUCUGACGUCUCAGGUUAACCCGUCCUACCAGCGCAC